GGGGAAAAGUGGGGCUGCCCGAAGUUGACGCUAAUUAUAGGCUGAACUGUAUUCACGUCGCCGCCGCACUUCUUUAUCCAGCUGUGUUCUCGCGUGUUUUUUUUUUCCCUCUGAAACCAGCCGCUUUUAAUUCCGCCGAAGUUUCGCCGAGACCACAGUGAGGCUACGUCUGUACAACAGUUUCCCAUUUUCAUUAUAAAGACCUAUUUUCCAGAUGAUGUUGACAGGAGACGAACCAAUAACAACCCGGCCUGCUUUUAUUCAGGUACUUUUGGACUGCUGAAGUUUCGGGUCACCUAAAGCAGACUUCACUUCCUCAUCAGGGCUUGAUGUAUGUGUGGUGUUUUUUUUUUGCGCUUCGACAUUGUUGCUUUGAAUGAGGAUUUGCCUGAUGUCGUUCAGAUGAAAACGGACGUGGGAAAGUAAACAAAUCACCCCGUUUUGGCCUUACAUCUACCGGGAUUGAUUGCGAACAGGUACUGUAUGCGUUUGUGGGGGCGUGUACCAGCUCUAAUGGUAGCAUCUAGAGAAAAUCUCCUGUGACAGGAUUCAACCGCCUCACCAUGACAGAGGUCCAGACUCCGUGGCCGCAGGGCACAGAGUGUGUGGCCAGGUACAACUUUAAAGGUACAUCAGAGCAGGACCUGCCCUUCAACAAAGGAGAUGUGUUGACUAUUGUUAUUGUCACAAAGGAUCCAAACUGGUACAAAGCAAAAAAUGCUGCAGGUCAGGAGGGAACAAUUCCAGCCAACUAUGUUCAGAAAAGGGAAGGUGUGAGAUCUGGAGGCAAGCUGAGCCUAAUGCCAUGGUUUCAUGGGAAGAUAACGCGGGAACAGGCAGAGCAGUUGCUGAACCCUCCUGAAACAGGCCUGUUUUUGGUGCGAGAGAGCACCAACUUCCCCGGUGACUACACCCUGUGUGUGAGCUGUGAUGGCAAGGUGGAGCACUACCGCAUCAUCUACAACAACAGCAAGCUAACUAUCGAUGACGAGGCCUUCUUUGAAAACCUCAUGCAGCUGGUCGAGCACUACACCAAAGAUGCAGAUGGCCUGUGCACCAAACUAAUAAAGCCAAAGGUGGAGGAGGGGACGGUGGCCGCUCAGGAUGAGUUUUCCAGGGGUGGCUGGUCCAUGAACAGAAAAGAACUCAAACUGCAGCAGGUUAUCGGCAAAGGAGAGUUUGGAGAUGUAAUGGUGGGAGACUACAGAGGGACUAAAGUAGCUGUGAAGUGCAUAAAACACGAUGCCACAGCGCAGGCCUUUAUCGCAGAAGCUUCUGUCAUGACGCAACUCAGGCACAAUAACCUGGUGCAGCUGCUGGGAGUGAUUGUAGAGGAGAAAGGAAGCCUGUUUAUAGUAACUGAGUACAUGGCCAAGGGCUGUUUGGUUGACUACCUACGAUCCAGAGGCCGGACUGUACUUGGUGGAGAUGCUCUCCUUAAUUUUACACUAGACGUCUGUGAAGCCAUGGAGUACCUUGAAGCCAAUAACUUUGUCCACAGAGACUUAGCAGCCCGCAAUGUUCUGGUGUCGGACGACAACAUCGCCAAAGUCAGUGACUUCGGUCUGACCAAAGAGGCCUCUUCCACUCAGGAUACAGCAAAGCUUCCUGUGAAGUGGACUUCCCCAGAGGCCCUCAGGGAAAAGAAAUUUUCCACCAAAUCAGACGUUUGGAGCUACGGUAUAUUGCUUUGGGAGAUUUACUCUUUUGGUCGAGUGCCUUACCCGAGAAUUCCUUUAAAAGACGUUGUGCCGCGAGUGGAGAAGGGAUACAAAAUGGACUGUCCAGACGGCUGUCCUGAAGUGGUGUAUAACAUCAUGAAACAGUGCUGGAACCUGGAUCCUGCUGCUCGGCCAAGCUUUCAGAUGUUGAAGGAGUGGCUUCAACAUAUCAACCAAGGGAUGGGAAAAAAACAAUGAGAGAUUUGUGAGAAACAGACACCAAACUGACUUUCUUCCUCCUUCAUUUAGGCUACCUGGACAAUAACCUAGGGUUAACUCAAAAGACGUUAGGUUAAAUUAUUUGGCAAAAAAUCUAAAACUUAACUUUUGAAUAUUGCUCACGAACUGUCGACAGUUAUGUUUCUGAGCUUUGUCCCUCAACACAAGCUGUUCAAAGUUCAGUGGAGCAACUUGCCCCGUUUUCCUGCGUACGGUUAUCAAGAGUGAAUAAUUAACUGUCAUAUUGAGAAUCUUGUCUGAAAACAUUGUGCUGCCUUAGUGUCACCGUGCCUUAACCUUUUGUAUCCUGUAAGUGAUAUCCUUUGUCAUUUUGAUGCCAUCUUUUGUUUUAUGAAAAUGUAGACACUUCUUGCAUUCGACUGACUUUACUUGAUCCAUUACAUCUGUUUGAAAAAGGAGAGACCCUUCACUAGCAGGAAUACAACUUUGAUAUGGAAUAUACCCGCUGUAUUAUUUUUGAGUGUUUCCAGGUACACCAUUGUACAUGAAUGUUGAAUUAUUUUUUUUUUUUAAAUGACUAAGUUAAAAUAUCUUUAAUUAUGCAGCUCUAUUUUUUUGAUUGUUUUAUCAUUUGAAAUGUUUUAUGCCUACUUUUUUAUUCCUCUUGUUGCCAAACUCGAAGCACAAGUUUAGACAAAGGUCACCUUUACUACUGAUGAUGCAAACACGCCACCCCAGUACGUAGUCAAUGCAUAUGCAGAAUAUAUGCCAUCCAACAUCAAUAAAUGUUUCAUUGUAGGAAUGUUUGGAUUCGACCAAAAUGUCAGGAUUUUGUACGUAUUGAAAUAAAGAGAAUGUUAUUAAAUUGACCGUAUUUCUAUUUUUUAAUAAAUAAAAUAAUAACA